AUGCUCAUACCCGGGGGCGUCCGAUGGAGAGGCCACAAAGUGAGGGGCACUUUACACAGUUGGGGAGGACAAUUGAGCAGACACAUCAGUGACAACAUAACCAAAGAUGUAAUAACGCACAGUUAUGAUAGGAAAAAAUAUGAACAAAAUGUGCACAUGUACGAUACGUGCAAAAGCUAUGUGGACUCCAAACAGAAGAUCUUUUACGAUUACCUUAAGGAGGAAACACCCAUACUACUACCCACCAUAAGGGGGGGGCGGUAUUCUGCCCCUCGAAAAAAGGACAAGGAUGAUGAAGUGGAACUGGGUGGCUGCACACAAAGAGGAGGGACCCCAGCGGGAAGGUGCAAUGACCCAACGGGAGGGUGCAGUGACCCAACGGGGAGUGAACAGGUAAAGGUAAAAUACCUGAGUGAGUACAAAAAGUGGAGUAAGCUCAUAAGCAAAAGGAGCAGCAAUCGUGCGGUCAAGGAAGAAGCAGAAGGGGAGAUCCAUAUGGUUGCCGAGAACCAUGAAGGGGAAAAAUCACAGGAAAAACACCCAUAUAAGACAGACCCACAAAUUAACGACGAAAAAAAGAACCACAUCAGUGAUGAGCUAAUGCACAUAAAUAUCGACAACAGUAAGUUGUUCUGCCCGAAUAAGAAGACGGAAGAAUGUCUCCAAAUGAAGAUAACCCAGUACUGCUGGAAUGAAGGCCUAUGCAGCUCCAGAUUUGCAUUCAACAAUUUAAGCAGAGGAAUUAUCCAAGUCAAUGAUCAGGUAGUGUUUGAAAAUAUUGUCAUUUCCCCGGGGAAGGAUAAAGUGGAGUUAACCAAAGUAGGCAAAGAGCUGCUCAAGAACAAAAACAUAACCAUCAUUUUGAAUAAGCCCAAAUAUUACUUGUCCAUUUUGAAUGACCACAAGACGAACAAAAAACUUCUCGCCAGAAAUUUAAUAAGAAAUGAAAAUAAGUACAUAGAGGAGGAACAAAAAUGUAUGAGUUAUUUUAUCAACAAAAAUGUAAACAUAGAAAAGGUCAAUAAGUUAUAUGUGUGUGGAAGAUUGGACGCCAACUCCACGGGCCUCCUAGUUUUUACGCAGAAUACGCUCCUCUGCAGUUAUUUGCUAAACAAGCACAAACACCAAGUGGAGAAGGAAUACAUUAUCAAAACAGCCGACCCGAUAGAGGAAGUUCAUAUGGAACUGUUACGCAAAAAUGCCCUUGUUGAUGGUAAGCUCAUAUAUAAAUGCCGCAUAAAGUAUGUGGACUGCUUUACGCUGUCCUUUACGCUUUACCAGGGUUUCCACAAAAUUAUUAGGAAGCUAUGCCUCCUUUCCAACAUCAAAAUUAAGGCCCUGCACAGGGACGUCGAAGCAAAUGCGACCAUGUUCAACAUAUAUAGUCGGGGAUUCUCCAAGAAGGCCGGUUGGUCGUGGAUAAAAAACAGGAGGGGAAGGAAAAAAAUACUUUCCUUUGCAUACCCACCGAAGGAAAGAAGCAGCAUCGUGAAGCUGACGGACGAAAGUGACAAACUAGUGUUCGUAUGUAACGGGAAAUUAAGAAACACCUUCAUGACAACGGUGAAAAAUAUGAAAGAAACAAAAUGUGUAGUGAAGAAUGACACCAUUUGUACACCCUGUUUGGUUGUGUCAAAGGCCAAGUGCCACACCCUACUGGAGAGCUUCACCUUCGAUGAGAUUCUACACUUGGAAAAAUUGGCACCCCGCAUUUUGCAAGCGUUUGAAGAAGCACAGAGCAGGUUACAACAAGAUGGGCAAAACAGGGUGCUCAGUAGGCACGAAGCAGUGAAGUUUAGGCUGGUCUAG